ACUUAUGGCACUUCACCGAAGGGGAGGCAAGACCGUGCGUAAAAGCUGAAGUUUACCACAGCAGCUGCGCAACAUCGGAGGAAGCUCGGCAAUAAUUCUCAUCUCCUCGAGUGAAGACGCGAAAACAUAAACAGUGACGGAGAGAGGGGCAGGAAAGUUGGUUGUAUGGCACCGCAGUCGUGCGUAAUGAAUCCUGCGCAAGGAUCACCGCCCUCGGCUGCUCCCGGGGAGACCUCACCGGAGGAUAGAGUCGCUGGUGGCAUCGGAACUGACGAGCUGGACCUGUCACCUGUCAGAAGAUGCAAGACCAAAAGUUUAGAUCUGCCUUUCAGCGUGGAAUCCCUCAUAUCGGACAGGACGCCGUGCAGAAGCCUCCACUCCCCCGAACCCGGCUCUGGUUGCGUCCGAGCGGAGGAGACCGAGUGUGCGUCACCGAGGGGACUUUAUCAGUCUCAACCGGAGGCGGUGGACCUCAGCGACAAGGAGACGGGCUCCUGGUUUCAGGCCCCUUAUGCGUCCCCUUCAAGACUUCCCAGCCCGAACCCGUGCAAUCUACGGAAACACAAGAACAACAGGAAACCCAGAACUCCCUUUACAACCUCUCAGCUGCUUUCUCUGGAGAGGAAGUUUCGUCAGAAACAGUACCUCUCCAUCGCGGAGAGAGCGGAGUUCUCCAGCUCCCUGAGCCUCACAGAGACCCAGGUCAAGAUCUGGUUUCAGAACCGCAGGGCCAAGGCCAAGAGACUGCAGGAGGCCGAGCUGGAGAAGAUAAAGCUGGCCGCCAAGCCGCUGCUGCCGGCCUUCGCCUUUCCCUUCCCGCUGAGCGCACCCGUGGGCGCACCGGCCCUGUACGGGGCCCUGAACGGACCGCGUCCUGCCUUACCCGUCCCGGGACUAUUCAGUGGACCGUAUGGGAUGUACUACUUGUCUUAACUCUAACUUUGAGCUGCUUCUUUGGGAGAGUUGCCUUUAAAAACAAAUGCCUUCAUACAGCAGAUAACCAACGUUGCAAAAGUGUCCAUCUUUUGAAUCAGUGUGUCUGAAAUCUCAAAUUAAAUCAUAUGUGAAAUGUUUUUCGUUUUAAGAAAGAUUUAACGAUGCGUUAAAAAAAUGUUUUACGCAGUGGUUCAUUCAAAGAACAAAAAUAUUUUCACUCGAUUGUAAUUUUUCAGAAAUUCUCAUUAAUUUUCAGUCAACAAAUAUUUACAUUUUAUUUUAGGGUAAGUUAUUUAACAUGGUCAUUUUUGCAGUGCAUCAGUAAAAUCCCUUUUUCUCCCAUGAAGACUCUUGCUGAGCUCAUUUUAAAUUUAGAAAUUUCAUUUGUACUCUAAAGGUUUUCUGUCUCCACACAGAUAUUCAGUAACUACUUUUUCCAAGUAAUUUUAUUGUUGCCACAGAAAAUGACAUAAUUAUUAAUAAGCCUGCAUUUUUGAUUUGAAAGGACCAAAAAACUCAUGACCGCCCUUUAAAAAAACUGUUUUUUUUUUUUUUUUUUAAACAUUUCUAUUGUAGAGGUGUUUGAAAAAUUCUCACUUUGCAAAACUGUUUUAAUUUAAUUAUAGGAGUAUAGAAAACACAGAGGCACAUCAAUAAUAUUAUAAAGGAUAAUGUUUGGCAAUUUUCUAUAUUUUUCAGAGCUUCAUUGUUCAAAAACUGUCAGGAAACACAUAAUUGAGCCACAUAGUUGCACUGGGUGACAUGUUUCUUCAUUACUAAAUACGCAGGCACUAUAGUGUAUUUAGGAACAGAUCCACAAAUAAACCCCAUAACUUUUACACUCUGACACUUUAACUUUCCAGAGAUGUGAAAGUAAUGGCUGUUAAUAGUUUGUUUCAUUGGAUUUGUGGACUAUAACAAUGCUUUAAUCAGCCACUGAGCGAGGCCCUUAAAACCCUGACACAUUUGUUGCAUAAUCUGAGGGAUUUAACUGGUUAAUAAGACUAAUACAGCUCAGUCAGACGUUUAUGUAAGAUAAACAGAAAAUAAAGAGUGUGAUUGGUACACAAGCCCCUUCAGUCUGCAGCUUCAAUGUCAUUUAACUCAGAGCAGCCUAAUAUAGACAUAGAUUUCCAUAUUUUAGAUAAGUCUUCACAAGUAAUAAUGCAUCCAACAUCUACCACACAACCAUCAUGGAACAGAAUAUGAAGUACUCAUUUGUGCCUUUCAGUUGCUGUUGUAAUGAAAUUUGUGUGAAUUUUUGUACACUGAUAAAUGUUUACCCUUUGCUCUUUAGCUCUAAAGUGCUGCAGACUCAACUAAAACUAUAAGAUUUUUACUUUUCAAAUUGACUAUAACAACAAUCACAUAAUUUCUUUGUUUCUGACCUGUCAACAAAUUGCCACAUUUAGAAAUUGACCAUAAAUCUGCUUUACUCUUGUCAUUAUACCUCAAACGGGGAAUGUUUUUGCACAGAUGGUAAAAGAGCUCUGCAAGACCUGUUCCAUUACUACAUGUAAAUAAAAGUCCUUGCCUAUUUUUGCAAACACUCAAAGUGCUAAACAUGGCUGAUAGACUUGUAUUGGUCAUUAUUGUACAGUGUAUUUUAUAUUUCAUGAGUGAAAUUGUGUUUUGUACAAUUAUUAAAGUCUAUUAUGUAAAUUCUGA